UGGGACAGGCGGCCCCAGGGAGCGACCCGGAGUGGGACAGGCGGCCCCAGGGAGCGACCCGGAGUGGGACAGGCGGCCCCAGGGAGCGACCCGGAGUGGGACAGGCGGCCCCAGGGAGCGCACAUAAUAUCAGUGUCCCGUACUGCUAGCCCCGCCCCUCCCUCACCCAGAGAAGCGGAGCGCUAAGGAGUCAGACCCCAGCGGAUGAAGUUGCUCAGUAACACACACAGCGCUGCUGCCGCCUCACUGCUCCGGGCUCUCCUUCCGCGCCACCUUUACCCACAGAAGAUGCUGAGCCGGUGGCGCCCUAUCGCCCAGCAGCCAGCAUGCCCCAUGCUCAUGGUGAUAAUGCUGAGUGGCGUUUGUUCUGCCUUUAACCUGGAUGUAGAGAAAGUGACAGUGUACAGCGGCCCCCCGGAUAGUUACUUUGGCUACUCUGUGGACUUCUACUUGCCCGACUCGGCAAAAACUAGUAUUCUCAUUGGAGCGCCCAAAGCCAAUACCUCUCAGCCACAGAUAGUGGAAGGAGGAGCCGUGUAUUACUGUCCCUUCCCCGAUACCCUGCCUACUGGAUGCAAGCAGAUUCCAUUUGAUAUCACAAACAACAGGAACAUCAGGUUAAAUGGAACCAAACAGCCUGUUGAAUUCAAGUCAAACCAAUGGUUUGGUGCAACAGUCAGGGCUCAUAAGGAAAAAGUUGUGGCUUGUGCCCCACUGUAUCACUGGAGAAGUAUUAAGCCCAUUUCAGAAAAGGAUCCUGUUGGCACUUGCUACAUUGCCAUUCAGAAUUUCAGUGCUUAUGCUGAAUACUCUCCCUGCCGAAGUGACCUUGCUGAUCCUGCUGGACAAGGCGUCUGUCAAGCUGGCUUCAGUCUGGAUUUUUAUAAGAAUGGAGACCUGGCGUUGGGAGGGCCCGGAAGUUUUUACUGGCAAGGACAAGUCUUUACUGCCAGUAUAGCAGACAUAAUUAAAGACUAUUCCUUCAAGAGCAUUAUCAGGAAGAUAUCGGGCGAGAAACAAACAAAAAUGGCACAAUCUGCUUACGAUGAUAGCUACUUAGGAUACUCUGUGGCUGUUGGAGAAUUUACUGAUGAUUCAGUGCAAGAGGUGGUUGCCGGAGUUCCAAGGGGAGCACAAAACUUUGGAUAUGUCUCUAUCAUCAAUUCAACUGACAUGACCUUCAUUCAGAACUUUACAGGUGACCAGAUGGCCUCUUACUUUGGAUACACUGUUGCUGUGUCAGAUGUAAACAAUGACGGGUUGGAUGAUAUCUUAGUUGGAGCCCCACUUUUCAUGGAUCGAGAAUUCGAGAGCAAUCCAAGGGAGGUUGGAAAAGUCUACUUGUACAUGCAAGAAAGCGCUCUUGAAUUUAGAGACCCCCAAGUACUGAAAGGCACAGAAGUCUUUGGGAGAUUUGGUAGUGCUAUUGCCCAUUUAGGCGAUCUUAAUCAAGAUGGAUACAAUGACAUUGCAGUUGGCUCACCAUUUGCGGGGGAAGACAGAAAAGGCAGAGUGUUUAUCUACAAUGGGAACAGCAAUGGGUUAAACACAGAUACCUCCCAGAUACUGGAAGGAGCUUGGGCCUCGCAGUCAAUGCCUGCUGGAUUUGGCUUUACGCUGAGAGGCGAUUCAGACAUAGACAAAAACGAUUACCCAGAUCUUAUUGUGGGAGCUUUUGGAGCAGGAAAAGCUGUUGUUUAUAGAGCGAGACCAGUGAUCACUGUUGAUGCUCAACUUUUGCUCCACCCCAUGAUUCUGAACCCAGAGAAUAAAACCUGCCAGCUCCCCAAUUCAGAAUUUCUGGUGACUUGUUUCACUGUAAGAGUGUGUGUGACUGUGUCUGGGCAAAGCAUCCCUUCAAAUAUUGUUGUGAAAGCUGACCUUGAACUGGAUUGGUUAAAACAGAAGGGUGCAGUGAAAAGAACACUUUUUAUGGAAUCACACCAGGCCCACCAUUCUUUUGAUCUGAUCAUCAACAAACAAAGAUUAUCCCAGUGCUUGGACUUCCUUGUUUAUCUCAGAGAAGAAAGUGAAUUCCGCGAUAAGCUCACUCCAAUCAGUGUCAACUUAAAUUACAGUUUGGAUGAAUCGGCUUAUCUGGGUGACCAGGAACUGAAACCGAUCCUCAAUCGUUACAAGAAAGCAACCAUUCAAGAACAGGCGCACAUUCUAGUGGACUGCGGAGAAGACAACAUGUGCAUUCCUGAUCUCAAGCUCUCCGCCAGACCGGACAAGAAUCAGCUUGUUAUUGGAGAAGAGAACCACAUUCUGUUCAUCAUAAACACAAAAAACCAAGGGGAAGGAGCUUAUGAAGCUGAGCUGCGCAUGAUUAUCCCACCAGAAGCUGAUUAUGUUGGAAUUGAGCGCAACAUGGAGGGACUUCGGCAACUUAACUGUGAAUAUAAAAUGGAAAAUGAAUCUCGACUGGUGGUAUGCGAUCUUGGCAACCCUAUGGUGGCUGGAACAAAUCUGUCUGUCGGUCUGAGAUUCGUUGUGCAACGAUUAGAAACCGUAGAUGCCAUCACAUUUGAUCUCUACAUUAAAAGUUCCAACAAGGACAAUCCAAACAGUAACUUUGUCAGCUUGCAAGUUAACAUAACCGCUGUGGCCCAAGUAGAAAUUAGAGGAGUGUCCCAUCCUCCUCAGAUCAUUCUACCCAUUCCUAACUGGGAGCCGAAGGAGAAACCAUCUGAAGAAAAGGACGUUGGGCCGUUAGUGCAGCAUAUAUAUGAGCUGCACAACAUUGGCCCGAGUGCUAUAAGUGAAACACAGCUGAAUGUGGGAUGGCCUUCUCAAAGCCGAGAUGAGUUUCUCCUCUAUGUAUUUCACAUUCAGACUGAGGGUCCCCUGAAGUGCCAGGCAGGAAGUGCCAUUAACACCUUAAAUAUCAAACCAAGUGAACCUGAAGAUACCCCUGAGCUUGCAGCUUUUCUGAGGAAUACCAGUGUAUCUCAUGCAGUAAGCCGCCGGGAUGUAGCUGUGGCAGAGGCGCUGAGGCACAUUCCCACACCGACAAAACUACUGAAUUGCACUAAUGUGAAAUGUUUAAUGAUAUCCUGCAAAGUCGGCCACUUGGGUGGAGGUCAGCGAGCAGUGGUAAAAAUCCGGUCUCGUCUGUGGGCUCCAACAUUCUUACAGAGAAAAAAUGAUUAUUACUCACUUAUUGCCAAUGUGUCAUUUGAAGUCAAGAAGAUGCCUUAUGACAUUCAGCCAGCCAAGCUCCCAGCAGCAACUAUACUGAUAAAAACAUCUGUGAUCUGGGCCACACCAAAUAUCUCAUUUGCCAUCCCUCUUUGGGUCAUCUUAUUGGCUAUACUCCUUGGUAUACUGGUUCUUGCCAUUCUGACACUGGUUAUGUGGAAGUGCGGGUUCUUCGACAGAGCGAGGCCCCCACAGGAUGACGUUGCAGAUGACACUCAACAGUUAACAAACAAGACGGCAGAAGCAUGAAGGCAGAAGGAGAAAUGCUCUAAUGUGGAGUCUGGAGACAAGAAGUUAUAUGAAGCAAUCUUUUUGAGUGAAAUCAUGAGAUUGAGUUGGUGCCUGAUGAAGGUUAUGGAGGAAACUGCCUUAAACUCUUGCAACAACAAAUGGAAUUUUACUUGAAUCCUUUGGAGUUUUAUUUGGAUAUGUUCGUACCUUCUGGACUUUUGGUGAAAUGAUUGACUUAAAGCAAAAAAUAAUGAGGCAGUGCCUACAUUACUGUCUUCCAAGGACUGCGCAGGUCUGCAGCGUCUGUGGCUAAAUAGAGACUUUGUCGCUCUUCCCUGGAGAAGAUGAACCUUUAACAUGUUGGCGUUCGGUGGCAGAAUGUUCGGAAAUGUCUGUGAAAACGAAUUUGAAAAAACUGAGGUAAAGACUUAUGACAUGAAGCACAGAUCGUUAUUUCUCCCACUAUGGCCUCAGACAGUGACAGGGUUUGUAGCUUUGCAGAUACAUCUGGGGCAUUGUCCAUGUCCUUCUAAUGCUACCGUUCCACUAACAUUCAGAAAGGAACUAUCUUUUUAAUGUGUAUGGACAGUGCACAGGCCACAACAUUCUGGAUAUCAGCAAUAUUUAAGGAUGAGAAAACCAUUGGGCUGCAUUGUUCUGUGCCGGCGUAUGACCCCAUGUUUGUGCCUUUACACCAGGAGUGUGUUUCUAAGGAUACCCGAACUACACAUUUUUAUAUCUACAGUUGGCUGGUAAAUAUUCCUAUGAAGAUGGUUGAACAGGCAUUGUGUUUUGAGUGGCCAUUUUUAUACCACUGUAAAGUUAAAUUAUUUUGUGUCGAAUGUGUGGGACAAUCGGUUUGUUGUGAUUUAGUUUUUCCGCAACCAGUCAGUUGUCAGUUGCCCAAAUGCUCUGCCUCAGUGACAUCAGGGGACUCUUUAACACUGUCUCAUAGUACAAAUAAGCCAGGAAGUGGCUCCUACAAAUACAACAGAGCGCAGCCUCCCUGUACUGUAACCACAACCACUGCUAGUGCAAUAUAAAGUGCAAUUACUACAGGUCCCAAUCAUCAGUGGACUGUACCCCAAGUCAUCCAAAAUAUUCAUGUUUAAACAUCAUGUAAUUACUGUUUCCCGCUGUCAACAUUACCUCUAUAUUUACUGUUUUAUUUGUCACAUGACCAUUAAAUACCCUUAGGGAGUAGUGAGUAUUUAAAACUCUCUGUGCAAUACAUAAUGAACCAAAGGCAUGUUUACACUGGCAUUUGUUGUACUUCUUUGUUGUUUGUACAUAAAAAAAAUAAACAGUUUAAUAAUGAGGAGGAAAUAUGUAA